AUGCACCUUUCUAAUUUCGACUAUCUGACUGUCUAUAAGAGUCGUCACCUGCACCCUUCCAUAGGCACUUUUGGACAUGGCAGGAAGAAACCCACAGACGUACUUGUUCUUAACAUCGUAUGCCUCUUAAGUGCUACUUCCCUUUGCUUGCCAACAACAAAAGUAUUAGACUAUGAUGUGGAUGGCGGACGGGACCUUGACAUUUUUGAGAUCAAUGAAGAGGCAGGGUUGAAUCUUGUAGAGGGAGAUAUCGUGCUUGGUGUGAGUCAAACUCGAAAUUCCAUAAUAGGGGAUGGGUACAGGUGGCCAAAGACGAUCCCAUACUACAUGGAAGAUGACUUAGAGAUCAAUGCAAAAGGUGUGAUUCUGAAGGCCUUUGAACAGUACAGGCUCAAGUCCUGCAUCGACUUUGUGCCUUGGAGCGGUGAAGCAAACUACAUUUCCAUCUUUAAAGGGGGCGGCUGUUUCUCCUCUGUGGGAAACCAGCGGGUUGGGAAGCAGGUAUUGUCAAUAGGGACAAACUGUGACCGUAUUGCCACCAUUGAACAUGAGUUCCUGCACGCUCUGGGUUUCUGGCACGAGCAGUCCAGGGCAGACCGCAAUGAUUAUGUCAAUAUCAUGUGGGACCGCAUCUCAGAGGGUAAAGAACACAACUUUAACACCUAUAAUGACACCACCUCCAGUUCUUUGGGCGUACCCUAUGACUAUGGUUCCAUGAUGCACUACAGUAAAAAUGCCUUCCGCAACGGUACUGAGCCCACCAUUGUCACCAAAAUCCCUGCUUUCAGUGAUGUCAUUGGCCAGCGUAUGGAGUUCAGUGACAGUGAUCUGCUCAAGCUGCACCGCCUUUAUAACUGCACCCAGGGCUCCACGUUCCUGGACUCAUGUGACUUUGAACGUGAGAACAUUUGUGGUAUGAUCCAGGGAGAAAAAAUAAAUAAUACAAGAGACUGGGAGAGGGUUGCCGAAGCUGCUGGAGGGCCCAGAACUGACUACUCUAACAUGGGCAAAUGCACUGGCUCGGGAUAUUUCAUGCACUUUAACACUAGCGCCGCCAACACUGGGGAUACAGCUCUGCUGGAGAGCAGGCUCCUUUACCCUAAAAGAGGAUACCAGUGUCUGCAGUUCUUCUACUACAACAGCGCCGGUCCCCGUGACACACUGAGGAUCCAUGUCAGAGAGUAUGACAAAGCUAACCCCAAUGGAAAACUGCGCCUUAUAAAGAUCAUAGAUGGAUCCCCUCAGGAGCUGUGGCAACUGCACCACGUGAGUCUAGACGUAAAAACAAAAUUCCGGGUUGUUUUUCAAGGGACCAAGGAGGGUUCUGGGCCCUCCACAGGGGGACUGUCACUGGAUGACAUCAACCUUUCUGAGACAAGCUGCCCAGAGUUUAUAUGGCGUGUGAAAAACUUCAGUCACGUUAUGGAAAACACCCCAACAAACACAGCUAUUUUCAGUCCCCCAUUCACCUCUAAAGAGGGUUACACCUUCCAAAUGGAGCUGUACCCCAGCGGUAAGGCAGGUUACCCUGGUGAGCUCUCAGCCUAUGCUCAUCUGGUGGCUCGUGAAGGGGACACAGGGCAGAAAUGGCCAUGUCCCUGGAAACAGAUAACCAUGAUGCUGAUGGACCAACACCCACACAUCCAAAAGCAAAUGUCCAACCAGCGCAGUGUCACCACUGACCCCAACAUGAAGGCAACAGACUCUGACAUGUAUUUCUGGGACGACCCUCGCAAGGUGGGCAUUGAGGUCACAGAUACAGAUGGGUCCAAGUAUUUCCGAGGACCUGGUGCCGGCACUCCAACGUAUCUCACCCACCUCAGAGCCAAGAGCAGGGAUUUUAUCAAGGGAGGAGACGCCAUCUUUCUCCUCACCAUGGAGGAUGUGUCUAAUCUGACAGUGACCCAGCCUCUGCCUUCCUCAACCCCGUCAACCCCGUCAACCCCGUCAACCCCGUCAACCACCACCACCCCACGACCUGUCACCACUGCUUCCUCUGAUGUCUGCCUCAAAGUGCAGUGUCUGAAUGAUGGAGUCUGCGUGGAGAACAAUGGAAAGGGUGUUUGCAGGUGUGUGGUGGGUGAUGACUGGUGGUACUAUGGGGACCGCUGUCAGCACAAGGGCUCCAUCAUGGAUAAAACCACCCUUGCACUUGCCUCUUCUCUGUCUGUGCUGGCGGUAAUGCUAGUGGUUACAGCAGUCAGUCUCAUCUGUGUGAAGAAGAAGUACAAGAAACGCGGAAAUGACAGCAGUGUCUUCAUGGCAAACAUGAGUGCCAAUGAGAAACUGUAGUGAGAGACUCUGAAGUUUCCAAUGACAAAAACGUGAAUACUAACAAACAAAUCAACAUUUUUAAUUAAAUGUUCUUGUGACUAUAUCUACAUUUGGAUUUCUAGAUUUAAUGCCAAAUGUCAAGCCAUGUAUACCAUAGACCAGAACAUUAUAUGAGAUUGCCCCCUUCUGGUCAUUCAAUGUAAAAACACUAGCAAACUAAAUAUUAUUGUAAAUAAAUUAUUUUGAGAUUC